AUGGCAAAAAUUGUGAGAAAAGUGACGAAGAAAGGUGUUGGUGAGGAAAUUAAGGUGAAGGAGGUUGUGAUUAAUGAGGGGAAUUAUGUGCAGAAUGACAAGCUUCCAUUGACGGAGGCAGAUCUAGAAGUUCUUGAGCAAGAACAAAGCCCUAAGAAGCAGACAGAGAAUUCGGAUAAUGGGAAGAGAGAAGAUCGUUGGGUUUCCUGGGCAGAUGCGAACGAGAAGAAGCCGGCGGAGAAUCCAUGGCAGAAUUUCGAUGUUGAACAAUUUAGAGGGAAUGGGUCAGAACUGGAAUUCAUCACUCCAGGGGAAGUGAAUGGAAGGAAGAUCUACCAGGUGCAAUCGAGGGGGAUUGAUGUUAACAGAGUUAGGGCAUCAGUUGGGAAGGUGGUAUCUGAUGGAAUGGUGAAGGAUAAGGCAGGGAAGGGUAAUAGCAUUAGCAGGCAGGAGGCUAACACUAAAUCACUGGAUAAAGGUGAAGAGAGGAUCUAUCGUCCCAUGGUGUCAUUCCGGUGUAAGGCAAUUGUUCCCUGGAGAACUCAAGAAGAGUACACUUUGUACGCAUUAGAACUCCCAAGUGUGAUGUGCACGUUGCUAUAUUAA